UCUGACAGUUUGAAUUUUGAUGACGGAAAGAAAAAGGUUAAAUACGGAAAAAGAGGGAAUAGGCUGAUUAUGAUUAAUUGAGAGAAUAAGUUAAUUAAAUAAUUCCUAAAAUAGUAUAAUUAUAUUGCGAAUUGUAUUAGUUAAAUUUAUAAAUACAGUCCUUAUAAUAGAAACCUAAACUAGUGAGCAACGUGUCCUAGGUUAGGCCGUUAUAGGAAUCAUGUUAUUGCUGGCGUAACAUGACAGAAAGGAAAAUGUGCAAAUUCUAUAAUUUAAACGUGCCUGAACGACGCGCUGGUGACAUUGGACUUCAAAACCACGGGGGCAACGAGGAGGAUGAUAGGAACCCAGAUGACCCUAUGCAGCCUUACGUGCCCCCAAAUGAGCAUAAGUUGGAAUAUAGUUAUUGGAUGUGGUUCUCGAGGCGGCCGCCCGCCAGAGAGCUAUCGAAUACAACUACUGGUUAUGGACAGGCUUUAAGAAUGGUAGGUUGUGUUGGUUCAGUGGAACAGUGGUGGGGUCUGUACACGCACCUAGCGAGGCCCCACGAGCUGCCGCCACUCUCCGACCUGCAUCUGUUCAAACUGGGCAUCAAACCCAUGUGGGAGGACCCAGCUAAUGUUAAUGGUGGUAAAUGGGUGGUGAGGCUAAGAAAGUCGCAAACUGGUAGAGCCUGGGAGGAUUUGUGUAUGGCAAUGCUGGGGGAACAGUUCAUGGUCGGCGCAGAGCUCUGUGGGGUUGUGCUCUCUGUUCGCUUUCAGGAGGACCACCUAGCCGUCUGGCACCGGACGGCAUCUGACAUAGCCGCCGCGGGGCGGGUGAGAGACGCCCUACGCCGUAUCCUCCAACUGCCCGCAACCGUGCCCAUAGAAUACAAGGCCCACGGUGACUGCCUGCGAGCCACCGCCUCAAGGGCAGAGGAGACAACUGAACGCACGUAGCCCACUGAACGCCUCACUCAGUUUUACAUCAAGUGCUCUUUGUAACACCCUGUAUAUACAAGGUGUUGUUUUUCAGUGUACAUUUCUUGUUUGUCAGUUUUUUUAUGCAUUUCGUCGUUGUAUUGGUUAGUUUCUGUUUUUGAGUUUGUGAUCAAGCGUGAUUGUCGCCAUGAAAUUGUUAAAAAUGAGGGUAGUCUAUACCAAAGUAUUAAAGUUUUAAGUCCGACUAUGCAUUUAUGUGAUUGAUAUAUAGCACAAAUAUUUGUUUUUUCAUUUACGAUUUUUUUUUCGGUAGUUUCGUUUCCAAAAUACGUGUAAAAUUGAGUGAGGUAGCGCCGUGUACGUCGUACAAUUCUCACAAGGUUUAGUGUACAUAAAGUGUUCAGAUAGUAACGCAGAGAUUGUGAGAUGUUGCCAUACCCCGCUGACAACUUGUACAGUGAAAAGAACUGCUAUACAGAUAAUAAAUCAGAUUUUUCAUACUUUAA